UUGGAGGGUUGCGCUGUGUCCCUUAUUCAAUCUUCCUCCUUCCCAUAAUAAAAUCCGGUUUUCAAUUGGCAGUUAAACGUUUGGGGGAAGCUAUAAGAGGUGCUAAGUCGUUUUUCAGUCAUGUUGAGUAUCCUUCCGAAUGGGAAGUCUGCGCAUGUUUGAUUCCUGGUGGUCUGAAGGGACAUGGCUGAAACGAAGCAGGUUUGGGUCUGUUCAGUGACCGCCCCGGAACCACAUGUAGAAGAAAGGCGGGAUAUAAAUUUAAGAAAAUAAGUAAAUCAAGCUAUAUAGGCAAGGUACUGUAAAGGAUAAUACAGAAUUCCUCAAAAAUGGCUACCAUAGGAUAAGAAUUAGAUUGAGAAGAGCAUCAGGGAGUAGUAGAAAGAGUUCUUUGGUGGUUUUCUGCAAGUUUAAAGAACUGUAGGUGUGCUACAGGGUUUGCUAUGUAAAGAUAACUUUUAACUGGUUUGGAAAGAGAAGGAUUUCUAGAGGGUUGAUAGAAACUUGUAAAAUAAGAUAAGCAAGGCUACAUGACAUAGGUGAUUUGCCUUUGCCAAUUUUCUUUCUGGAGAAAAAAAAUGGUCUUUACCAUUGUGAAGAAACUGGUAGCUUGAGUAGCUGUUGCAGCUGGGACCUGAUUUCUCUUUAUGCCUGUGUCGUUUUGUAACAGGGUGGUAUUCCAAAUGGAAGAAAAAUCCCAGACGCAGGGCAAUCCUAACACAUCACAUCAAUCCACUUUGGGGUUUUCGUAGAACUUGAGAAUUUGCUGUCAGGUUACAGCUGUUGCAUCCAGUAUAGAAGAAUCCCCAUAUAGCACGCCUGCUUGUCUUCAUCAUGGCCUUUCCAGAGCCAAAACUGAAGAAGCCUGAGUUGCCAAAGAAACUUCUGGGCACACUGGAAUGUAAACAGGGAGCUGUCAGGGCAGUGAGGUUCAAUGUGGAUGGAAAUUAUUGUCUCACCUGUGGCAGUGACAAAUCACUUAAGCUCUGGAACCCCCUCAAAGGCACUCUCCUUAAGACUUACAGCGGCCAUGGCUAUGAGGUUCUGGAUGCAGCAGGAUCAUUUGAUAACAGCCAGCUUUGUUCAUGUGGUGCAGACAAGACAAUAGUGUUGUGGGAUGUUGCCACAGGUCAAGUGAUUCGCAAGUUCCGUGGCCAUGCAGGGAAAGUAAACUGUGUCCAGUUCAAUGAAGAGGCAACUGUGAUCCUUUCAGGUGCCAUUGACUCCAGUGUCCGCUGCUGGGAUUGCCGGUCACGCAGACCAGAUCCCAUCCAAAUCCUGGAUGAGGCCAAGGAUGGCAUUUCCAGUCUGAAGGUGUCAGACCAUGAAAUCCUUACAGGUUCUGUGGAUGGGCGUGUCCGUCGCUAUGACCUCCGUGCUGGGGAGCUCUACUCAGAUUACAUUGGAAGUCCCAUCACCUGCGUGUGUUUCAGCAAAGAUGGGCAAUGUACCCUGGCUGCUAGCUUGGAUUCUACUCUGCGUUUGCUGGACAAGGAUACGGGUGAACUACUAGGAGAAUAUACAGGCCACAAGAAUGUAACCUAUAAGAUGGACUGCUGCAUGAGUGAGAGGGACACUCAUGUCGGGAGCUGCUCUGAGGAUGGGAAGGUGUACUUCUGGGACCUGGUGGAGGGGUCCCUUGCCCUGAGCUUGCCUGUGAGCAAAACUGCAGUUCAGUCUCUGUCCUUCCACCCAACUGAGUCUUGCUUGCUCACUGCUGCAGAGGGCCGUGUGCAGUUUUGGAGGGAGGAGUCGUACGUGGCUGAGGAAGGGGAACCAGCCUGAUGGUCCCUGUCUUGGCUUGAGUGGAGAACCAAAGCUGCAAGGAGAUGAAACUCUCAGCCAUACUUCUCUUCAGAAGUACAGUACUGUUUCCACUGCCUUCGGUAGGGUGUGCAACACUGGACUGCCCCGCUCUUUGGAAUCACACUUUGCAACUGGUGCUUGUAACACUUACUUACAAUCUCUCAGUUCCAUACCAGUUUCCAGAGGGAUGGUCAUGUUAGUCUCUCUUCCUCAACCAUCAGCAGGUUUCUGUUUUCUAAGUACUCUCAUCUUUCAACAUUAAUACCUGAGUUGAUUGUUCUCCCCGCCCCCCCCCAAAGACUGUAUUGUUUUACUGAAAACUAAGUAAAGUUAAGUUGUUUUUCAGAA